AUGGGAGAACGAAAUUACGUGUGUCCCCACACGGAUGAUGAACGCAUGUUAACCGGUACGUGGUGUACUCCUGAAAUACACAAAGCCAUCGCCAUGGGGUACCAACUGAAACGCAUACACGAGGUGUGGCAUUUUGAGCAUAAACGGCGUGGUCUCUUUGCUCUUUACGUCGAUACCUGGUUAAAAAUCAAGCCGAAAAGUAGCGGAUACCCCGCCUGGUGCCAGAAGGAGGAGCAAAAAUCCCACUACGUACAACAGUAUAAAGAGCGUGAAGGGAUCGACCUGGACCUCGCCAUGAUUGCCAAGAACCCUGGGAGGAAAGCCACGGCCAAGCUCAUGCUGAAUUCCUUCUGGGGCAAUUUCGGCCAAAAUUGCAACAAGUCUAAGACUCAUCAAAUAACACAUCCCACCUCUCUGCUAAACCUUAUUGACGAUCCCUUGGAGCAGAUACAGGAUAUCCGAGUCCUUUCCCCCGAGCUAGUGGAAGUAGUAGCUAAACACGACGAUCAAGACCCGGAUAAAGGACGUGCCACAAAUGUCUUUAUCGCUGCGUUUACGUGCCAGGCCCGCCUUAAACUGUACGAGUCGUUGGAAAUUCUGAAAGAUCGAGUCCUGUACUACGAUUCAGACUCUAAGGUGUACAAGUGGAAACCGGGUGAAACAGAAAUUGCGUUGGGGGAUUAUUUGGGGGAUAUGACAAACGAGCUGGAUGAAGGGGACCACAUUGUGGAGUUUAUUUAA